UGAAAGCAGCCAAAAAUUGCACAAAAAUGAAGUUGUCCUGUAAUUAAUGAAAGGCUUGAUUUGAUGAAUAUGAAUAUAUGAUUGUCCAUUUGUCCCAUCCCCUUGAACCAGCUGCCUCGCUAACUGCUUUUAAAAUAUGCAGAUGCAACACAGUCCCAAGCUCCUCUUCCACUCUCCACUCCCAAUUCCUCAUCACCAUUAUUUUUUAUAAAUUUAGAUUUAUUUCUACAAUAAUAAAUAGAAUAACACCGAAACAAUUCCAAUCACUCUCUCUCUCUCUCAAUCAUCACCUCGAUGCUUCACCAGCCUUUGCUCUGCGGCUCAAGAGCUGCCACCACCGCUCACUCCACACUCUUCGCUUCCUCACUUUCUGGCGGCAUCAACGCCUCCCGCACUUCAUUCGCCGGAAACUCCUUCCCCGGUCACUUCGGAUUGAAAUUGAACACGCAAGCUUCGGGAAGCAAAUCAAAUAAAACUCGUGGAGUUUUCAACGAGGGAAGGAACAGUGGCAAACUUAGGACAAGUAAUGUUCACGGUGCUCGUGCAACAGAGGGUGUAACUGAGGAAGAAGCCUUACAAGUGAUUGAGAGCAGACCAUCAUGGAAAACCUUUCCAGGCCAGGCAUUUCCAUUGGGUGUAUCAGAAGUUGACAAUGGGAUCAAUUUUGCUAUUUUUUCACAGAAUGCAACUGCUGUCACACUUUGUUUAGUCCCUCCUGAGAGUGGAAGCAUGGAUGCACUGGAUGGUAGCAUGAUAGAAUUGGCUUUGGAUCCUCGUUUAAACAAAACAGGGGACGUUUGGCACAUUUGCAUUGAGGAUCUGCCUCGGAGCAAUGUUCUGUAUGGAUAUCGCAUAGAUGGGCCUCAAGACUGGGGUAAGGGGCAUCGAUUUGACAGCAACAUUGUGCUUGUUGAUCCUUAUGCAAAACUAAUAGAAGGUCGGCGAUAUUUUGGGGACAUUAGCAUGAAGUUGUUUAAGUUUCUCGGCACAUAUGAUUUUGACAGCUUACCUUUUGACUGGGGAGAAAAUUACAAGCUUCCAAAUAUUCCUGAGAAAGAUCUUGUUAUAUAUGAGAUGAAUGUCCGUGCAUUUACAAGUGAUGAAUCUAGUGGGCUGGAAAAUAACAUUCGUGGUAGCUAUCUUGGCGUGAUUGAGAAGAUCCCACACCUUCUAGAGCUUGGUAUCAAUGCAGUGGAGUUGCUACCUGUCUUUGAGUUUGACGAAUUGGAGUUCCAAAGGCGACCGAACCCCAGAGAUCACAUGAUCAAUACAUGGGGUUAUUCAACAAUAAAUUUCUUUUCCCCUAUGAGUCGCUAUGCUAGUGCUGGUGGAGGACCAGUUAAUGCUUCCCGGGAAUUCAAGUUAAUGGUUAAAGCUUUACAUUCUGCUGGCAUAGAGGUUAUUUUGGAUGUUGUCUAUAAUCAUACUAAUGAGGCAGAUGAUCCUAAUCCUUACACUACUUCAUUUCGUGGUAUAGAUAAUAAGGUUUACUACAUGUUGGACAAUGAUGGUCAACUACUGAACUACUCUGGCUGUGGAAAUACAUUGAAUUGUAACCAUCCUGUGGUCAUGGAGCUCAUCCUUGACAGCCUAAGACACUGGGUCACUGAAUAUCAUGUGGAUGGAUUUCGAUUUGAUCUUGCAAGUGUCCUUUGUCGAGGAACUGAUGGUUCCCCCCUUAACGCUCCCCCUCUGAUUAGGGCAAUUGCUAAAGAUGCAGUCUUAUCGAGAUGUAAAAUUAUCGCAGAGCCUUGGGACUGUGGAGGUCUUUAUCUUGUUGGAAGUUUCCCAAAUUGGGAUCGAUGGGCUGAAUGGAAUGGGAAAUACCGUGAUGAUUUGCGGAAAUUUUUCAAGGGUGAUGCUGGUAUGAAGGGGAGUUUUGCAACUCGGGUUGCUGGAUCUUCUGAUCUUUAUAAAGUGAACAACCGUAGACCAUAUCAUAGUAUUAACUUUGUUAUUGCACACGAUGGGUUUACCUUGUAUGAUCUUGUGUCAUACAAUUGCAAGCACAAUGAAGCCAAUGGCGAAGGUGGAAUGGAUGGAAGCAAUGACAAUUUUAGUUGGAACUGUGGUUUUGAAGGGGAAACUGAUGAUGCUAGCAUAAAAGCUUUACGUUCACGACAAAUGAAAAACUUCCAUUUGGCAUUGAUGAUAUCUCAGGGCACACCUAUGAUGCUAAUGGGAGACGAAUAUGGCCACACUCGCUAUGGAAAUAACAAUAGUUAUGGGCAUGAUUCUUCUAUUAAUAAUUUCUUGUGGGGUCAGUUGGAUGCACGGAAGAAUGACCACUUUAGGUUUUUCUCCAAAGUUAUAGAGUACCGGCAUGCACAUAAAGUAUUCAGUCAUGAAAAUUUUCUCAGCAAGACUGAUAUCACGUGGCAUGAACACAAUUGGGACAACUAUGAAAGCAAAUUUCUUGCAUUCACUCUUCAUGACAACAAUGGAGGAGACAUCUAUUUGGCAUUUAAUGCUCAUGACUUCUUUGUUGAGGUUAUGCUUCCAACACCUCCAACUAAGAGGAGCUGGUUUCGUGUGGUGGAUACUAAUCUUGUCUCUCCCGAUGACUUUAACCUUGAUGGUCUCCCCUGCAAAGGAAACACCUACAACAUUGCACCAUACUCCUCCAUUCUUCUUGAGGCCAAGUUUUCAUUGGAGAAUCCCCCUCUCACAAUUGUACAAUAAAAUGUGAUUAACAUAGACGUAUCUCAGAUACUGAAAUGGUUCAUAAGCUUGAUCUGAGAUUUAUAUUUUGUAUUAUAUAAAGGCCGGAUGUAUAGGCACCCGAGAAAAAGAAAAAGAAAAAGAGAAGAAAAGAAAAGACGAAGAAUAGUAAUAAGACUGCAAAUCCUGAACUAAUAUGAUUUACAGGAUUUAGCAUUAUAUAGAGUCAGGUUAUAAUAGAAAGUCAGGUUAAGAUGUUAAGAUGUUCAGAUGAUCGAGUUCAAUAAAUGUUGUUAUCAAUCUAUAUCUAUUUUCUUGCGUA